UUUGUUUGCGGCUGUAGCCUUAUCUUUGUGUGGUUUUUGCAGUCUUGAUACGAUGGACUUAAAAAAGCUAAUGAAAGAUUUUCGUCAUUUACAAGCACACCGCAAACAGGUGAAGAAGUAUAGUAUUCAAAAUAAGAAAAUGGCACAUCUUGCAAGACUUCAUGUCGUAGACGGAGCUUCCCUAUUUUGGGUGCAAAUAUUUUUCCAUACUGAAAGCCAGACUAUAGUUAUUAGAGAAAGUAAUAAUCAGGCAAAUGGAUUACAACUCUACCGCACAACCAUAUAUAGGGAUGAAAUCGAGACGUAUGGGAGUGACCACGACCAAAUACAAAUAAAUAUGUAUGAAGAGGUCAACAAGCCCGAUCCAUUAUUAAUUUUUGAAAACGAUGCACAAGGGAUGCAGUUUGAAACGGCAUUCAGACAUUUUAUGGAGUACAGCGAUCCUGAAGUGGUUCAGUAAGAUCAGAUAACGGUGGACCAGAAUUGCGUAUUAAGUACCUACCUACAUAAUGUAAUUUGUUAUUUAAUUCAUU